AUGUCCAAUCUCAAUAGCGGCAACAGCGAUGUCGUCGAGCAUGCGCCUCAGUCGCGUCCAGUCAUGGCCACCAACCUCUCGACUGCUUCCAGCGUCGGUAACAAGGACGCCGAGUCCGAGCUUUCCAAGGUGGGAUCGCACACCACCACCACCAGCACUCACCCACCCAUCGACGAUGCUGCGCUGCAGCAGGUGCGUCUGCGAAGAGCGCUCAGCGAGCGCACCAUCCAGAUGAUCGCUCUCGCAGGCACCAUCGGCACCGGUCUCUUCCUCGGCAGCGGCAAGGCGCUCGCCACCUCGGGUCCGCUCUCCAUCCUCCUCUCGUACUCGAUCGUGGGCGUCGUCGUAUACCUCACCAUGGUCGCCAUGGGCGAGAUGUCCACCCUCGUCCCCGCUUCCGGUGCUUUCGGCGUCUUCAGCACGCGCUUCGUCGACGAGGCUUUCGGAUUCUCCGUCAGCCUCAACUACUGGAUCAACGACGCCGUCUCCGUAGCGAGCGACCUCACCGCCUGCCAGAUCCUCCUCAAGUUCUGGGUUAGCGACGACGUCUUUCCCGGCUGGGCCCUCUCGCUUAUCUUCCUCACCUUCCUCAUCGCUGUCAACGUGAUCUCGGUGCGCGGUUACGCAGAGCUCGAGUACCUCCUCUCGCUCCUCAAGAUCUGCACCAUCAUCGUCUUUAUCAUCAUCGGUAUCGUCGUCAAUGCCGGCGUCAACCAGACCCUUUCCUACCUCGGUUUCAGGUACUGGACCAUCGGAGACGCUCCCUUUGUCGGUGGAUUUGGAGGCUGGGUCUCGUCCUUCGUAACGGCGUCGUUUGCGUUCGGCGGUACAGAGUCGCUCUCCAUCACGGCAGGUGAAACGAGGAACCCGUCCAAGACCAUCCCAAAGACCAUCCGAAACGUCUUUUGGCGUAUCAUCAUCUUUUACAUCCUCGCGCUCUUCAUCAUCGGUAUCGACAUCCCCUACAACAUGCCCGGCCUCAAGUCAAAGUCCGCCGCCGUCUCGCCCUUCACGCUCGUAUUCCAGCAGGCGGGCAGCCGCGGUGCAGCGAGCUUCAUGAAUGCCGUCGUCAUGACCUCGGCGCUGUCGGCGGGAAACCAUGCGCUGUUUGCGGGCACGCGCGUGCUCCACGGCAUGGCCACCACGGGUCAGGCGCCCAAGUUCCUCGGCACGGUGGCCAAGAGCAGCCGUGUGCCCUGGGUGGCGCUCGCGUGCACGGCGAGCAUUUCGGGCCUCUGCUUUGGCUCGAGCUACAUCGGCGCAGGUGACCUGUGGAAUUGGCUGCAGAACCUCGUGGGCGUUUCCAACCAGCUCUCAUGGGCCGCCAUCGGUGUCUCGUCCAUCCGAUUCCGCAAAGCGAUCAUCAAGCAGGGCAAGCAAAGCUCGCUCGUCUACAAAAACUGGACGCAGCCCUGGGGUCCGUACGUCGUAGUCAUCGCCUCAGUGCUCAUGAUCCUCGUCCAGGGCUGGACGGCGUUCCGACCGUUCAACGUGUCGGACUUUUUCUCGUACUACAUCGAGAUCGGCUUCUUCGUCGUGGCCUACGUGGGCUGGAAGCUCUGGAAGCGCACCAAGCUCGUGCCUAUCGAAGAGAUGGAUCUGUACACGGACACGGUGCAGUACGAAAAGGACCUCAGGCGAAGGAGGCGAGACCUCAUCCGCGACGGUGCGGGCGACCAGCUGCCCGUGCUGGUCGAAGACGACGAAGAGGCAGACGACGAGGAGCCUCGCGAGGAGGAGAAGAGCACGAGCGCGGAGCCGGUCGACAAGAAGCAGAAGGCAAAAGCAUUUGUCGGCAGAGCAAGCCAGUACCUGUGCUUCUGA